CUCUCCUCUGUCCCGCGUCGGUUCUCUCGUCGACGGCCGUCGGGUCGCGCCGCGCUGCGCCGCACCGCGUCGUGUCGUGUCGUGUUCCCGUGUGUGUGUUGCCGCGCCGCCAGACCCGCCACGAGCCGCGCCUCCUGGAGCACCUCGGCGCCGCCGUAAAACGGCGCCCCGUCCGUCGCCGGUGACAAGUGACAUGUGCGUUGCUGCCGCCGUAGUGCCGUGCCCCGCUGCCGUCGUCGCCGUGGCUGUACGCCGGAGCUGUGCCGACCGCUGUGACCGUGACUGCUGCCGCGCCGCUGCUGCCGUUACCGCCGUGCUGCCUCGCCGGAGCCGCCGUUGCACGUCGCCGUCGCGAUGCGCCUCGUCGACGAUGCCACCGCCCGCGAGAUGCUAACUAAAUGAUGAUGCUAAGGCAUUCAACGGGCAAGCAUGAGGGAAAGAACACCCUCUGCCGACGACACCCCGAAAAGGGCCCCACCGGCACCCAGCAGAGAGGCGGCUUCGGCGGACGCAGCUGGUAGCGAGACACCGAACGACGACACGGUCGAGGGUUAUCACACGGCGAAGUUGUCCGGCAUCCCUUCGGCAUCCGGCUCGACGUCGUCGUCCGAUAGGAUGGUAGCGUCGACGCAGAGCCUCGAGGAUCUGGGCGUCGAUCAUUCCGCCAAUGCGGCAGGGAGCAACGCCGACCGUCAGCAGCAACAACAGCUACAGGAACGCUACGGUCAUGCCUACAGAUCAUCGGCGCAGACCGCCCAGGACAAGCGGUCGCGGCUGAGCAACGUAAUCAACAACUUGCGCAAGAAGGUGCCGGAUGGAGCGACAAGCGGAAGCGCGGACUCGCCGAAGAAGGAGGAGGACGAUCGGAAUAGCGUCGAGAAAAAUCUGGAGACUCUGGAGAAAUACGUGAUGACGGUGCUGAACGGCGUGAUCAAGGAUGACGAGGAGGAGGACAAGAACGACGCAGAGGACCUGGAAAGGCAGAGAAAAGGUGUUGACGAGGAGGAGGAAGAGGAAGAGGAGGAGGAGGAGGAGGAUGGAGACCCGACUGACAUGGCAGUCAAGUGCGAGCCUUCAACCGAGGGUGCUAUCGAGGCGGCCGUUGUGCCGCGAUUAGAGGACUCGUCGACAGCUGAAAAUGCCGAGGGCGCCGAAUCCUCAGAAACUGCAGACUGCUCGAGUACAAAGGGAACGACGGAAGAGAGUCCGCAGGAUUCGGUGGUCAGGAUUAGUCAAGAUUCAAAGGAAUCUCCCUCGAGGACGGAGGAAGAACGUCUGGAGAAUGUUGAGGAGAAAGGAUCAUCCGAGGAUGACCGAAGCGUUUCGCGGGAGAGCAAGGAAAGUCGAACGCUGAGCACGAUUAUAAUGGACAGACUGAGUGAACAUCAGGUCGAGGAGAGGGCGAAUGUCGACGACGGCAGAGGAAAUCGGACGCGUGAUGAACACGCGGCCUCGGAAAACACCGCGGUGCGCGCGAUGUGCGGUGAACUGCUGGACGAUCUGUUGAGCGAAGUCUAUCGUGCGGUCGACGAGGACCAGCAAAAGGCCGAAGAGUGCAAGAAACCGAAGAAGACCGACGCGACCGAGUCGAGGGUGGAGGAGACCAAAGACUCGAGCAUCAACGUUCACGAGUUGUCCGUGACGGGCCUGCAUUGCAGUCUACCCUUGGACAAAGUCGCGUCCGUGCUUCAAAAUUGUCAGACGACAAGCGAAUCGGUGACAUCGCGACUCUCAUCGGGAUCCUCGAGUCCUCCGUCGGCGCAGAAGUCAAAACCACCGUCGUCCACCAGCACCACUCCGCCGGUCAGACUCCUCUGUCUCUACUGCGACAGGAAGUUCCUGUCCAUGUCACGGCGGCAGCGACACAUGGAGAAAGCGCAUCAGCUCGGCGGUGGCAGGAGAUCGGAGAGGAAUCUCCGAAAACCCUCCCAGAAUUGCCAGUACUGCUCCGAGAAAUCUGCCGAUACCCUGGAGGCGCUGUUUCAACAUAUGGUCGGUAGUCACGGGGAUAAAUAUCACGCGUGCGUUCAGUGUCUGACGAGGUAUCUCACCCGGGAAGCCCUGGUGGCGCACAUGAGCGAGACCCACGGGGGAAACGGCGAGAGGAUAUCCGGCCAGAUUCAGUCGGAAAAGAUCAAAGAAGGUUCGCCGCCCUACAAGGACUUUUGUGGUCAAAAUCUGCGCGAAAAGGUUAACAUGUUAUCAGGCAGAGAGAGAAGAUCCGAAGAGAAAGAACCGGAGGAUCAAGACAACAGUCGACGGAUGGACAGUAACCGGACGAAACUCAUCGCGACGCGAGAGCCCAUCGACAAUCCGGCCAGUCCCGAGUUCGACAGUUCCUUCUACAGCAAUGUGAGCUGCAACAUCCGCGAGAAUCUGCUUCACCACCUGGACGGCAAGCUGCAGACGACAAGCGGUCAGCCAUCGUCGACGUGCGCGUCAUCGAUUGCUACCUCAAGCUCGACGGCGAUGGCGACGACGGAAUCAAAAUCGCCGCAGCAACAGACGCAGCAGUCGUACUACGAGCACAGCGUCAAUCAGAUCCAAUUUCCCAUCGACAUCUCCCUGACCGCGGCGACGCCGGUUUACAGUAAGGAGUACCCGGCCAGCGAGGAGUACGAGAACUCGAGCGAGUACGCCCGGAAGGCCGGCAAAAUGAGCAGCGGCUCGCGGCCGCGUCGGGUCUCCUUCGAGAAGUACAACUUCCCGCGCAAGUACGACGGCAGGGAGCAGUGGACGUGCUCGAUCAAGGAUCUCAGCAAGUUCGACAUCUCCACGCAGCUGUCGCUGCGGAAGAAGCAGCAGCUGAUUAAGGAGCGCCUCACCAUCAGCAGACUGCAUCAGACCCCGUUGCUAUCCUGCGAGACCACCGAGGUAUUACCUCUCAGCGAUCAGGAACGGAUCGAGCCGGUCGUCGAGACGGCAGCGAGUAAUCAGGACAGCGCCGCUGAUGCCGGCUGCGCGGUCGACGCGGGUGCGACGACUCUCGACGUCGUCCGCUGCGACGUUGGCGAACCGCUCCCGAGCGAGACCAAGAAGGAGACGACAACCGAAUCGUCCGCAACUGCAACGUCGUCGAGCCCGACGGUUGUCACGGAAUUCACUAAUGAAUUCGCAGACUUUUUGAGACUGAGGAAGUGCGAGAAGGGCGACAGCGAGGUCGCCAAUGCUCAGAAGGUCGUUUACGCUGAGCUGAGCGGCGAAUGGUCGCGAUUGCGGAUCUACAUCUGCGGCGCUUGCGGUUCCAGACACGUGACGCUCAAGGAGAUGGAGGAUCACAAGGCUUCCACGCAUCCGCGCGUCCUGUGCUCGCACUUCGACCUGGCCGGCGACCAGCGCGAGCAUUACAAUCACCUGUAUCUGCCGGGACGAGACGCGCCCACCGAAGGGGUGCGCGACGCCAUCCUCACGGAGAUGGUGUGCACCAAAUGCGCCAAGAGCUGCCCGAGCAUGGGCGAGCUGCAUCGCCACAUGCUGGAGUGCGGCGGCGAUCAGGCCUGGCUGCUCGGUCUCACCGGCAGCGGCAAGAAGAAGUGCAAGUGGCGGCCGUUCGGCAGCCGCAGCCGUCGGCGGCGUCAGCGCGGCAUGAAGAGAAAUAUACAGAACUCGCAGACGCAGCCGCGGAUCGUCAACGCGGAGCGGUCCAAGGAGAAACAGGCACCGACCGGCCCUAGAGUCCGCCCGAGCGACCGCGAGAGUAUCCAGAAAAUGCUAGCCAAUCUGCCGGCUAAAAGAGCUACGAGGAAGGUUCUGCAGGACAACGCGAUGCGAUCGCAGGGUCGACUUCGUAACGUGCAGACUAGAACGAGGGCUUGCAUAAUCGGCGACAACUCGUCCCGAAUCUCACGCAACAAAGCCGCCCUGAGGAACAAACUGCUGAAGAACGCCAAGUCGAUUCAGCGGAAUCGCUGUCGUAGCGACAACAUCGCCGCGGUGAUCGAGAGUGUCGUGAGGAAAUGUCACGAGACCGAGAAGAGAUCGGACAGCGAUGUCAACAAGAGCGCCGAAAUCGAGAACGAAGCUAAGAAGGAUGCCAAAGAGACGAAUGAAGGUUCGUCCAGGACGACCGGGAAGGCCGUGGAUCAGAAUGACAGAGCUGUCCGGCCGAGAGCCGUCGGACGACCUAAAAUUCUCGGCAAGAGGAGGAACGUGAAGAACCCGCAACUUCAAAGAAAAAACGGUAACAAGCUGGCGAGAUCGAUGGGAAAGUUCGCGAAGUUCAAGAACGGCGCUACACCCGAGACGAAGAGCGAAGGCGAGGAGGCAUCCUCCCCAAAGAAUACACCAAAGAACGUAAAGACGAGAGCGAUUGAUAAAGACGACGACAGCUCCGAUAGUAAGAGAUCGACGAUUUCUGCGAUAAAAAACAAAAGCAAAGUGACGCAAAGUAUGCUGAAGAGAAGGCGUCCUGUGGACCCAGUGGCGUCCUUGAACGCCUCUAUCAAGGCAAAGUCGCAGCUACGAACGCAGGACGGUAAGUUCGCCCGCAAUCCAAAUAAAGGCUUGCCGGCGAAAACGAACGACGGAAAAUACAAGACUGCCGACUUGAUCAAGCCUAAGCUGAGAGCGCAGAAGUUGAAAAAGAUGGCGAUUCAGCUGCCACGAAGAGUCACUCGGCUCUCGUCGGAUAGCGACAAGAUGCCGACUUUGGAACCAGUCUUACAGAUCGUUUCCUCCAACGAGGAUUAUUCCGAUAAAGUGACGAACGAUCUGCCUAUUUUGUCACCAGUUACAUCGUCAGGUUCUCUACAGGAUCAAAAGGCAUCUCGAAUUCCCACAAAGAGCGUUUUAAAGGAGAAAGAGGGGAAUAUCGAGGCCGACGUUGAGGCCGUUCCUGAAAAGAGCAAAAAGGAACAGAAAUCGACGAGAGGAAGAAAACGGAAGGAAGAGACGAAAGACACGGCAAAACGAAAGAAAACUAAUGUAGUUGAAGAAAAUAAAGCUUCCAAAAGUAACGUAGCGAUGUUAAAAGAUGAUAGAACGAAAGGCAGGAAGAAUUUACCGGUAAAUUCUAAUAGCGAUGAAAAUAACAAAGAAGAAAUAUCAAAGAAAGAGGCAAUUGUCAAAAAAGAAUCUAAUAAACCGAAGAAGGAAGAAGUGACGAAGGAAACUCGAAGCAAUUCGAAAACAGCAGUAGACAAAGAUUUCGCGAAACUGUCGGACAUGCCAUUCGAGGUGAAGAAACUGUUGCGUUCGGCUCGAGGGAUGUUUCAGUUCAACAAGGACGAUCUCCUAGGUACGCUGGAACACGCGAAUGACUCGAAACGCAGCCUGAGGCAAUGCACACCAAGAUCGAAAACGCUUCAAGUGAGCGACAAAAGUCCGCGGGAACUCGAUGACGAAUCGGACGGAUCGAAGGACGUGAACAAGAAGGAGAAGAUCGAAGCUACUAGAAAAUCAUCCAGGAAAAACGUUGAGAAGAAGGGCGAUGACAAGAUGUCGAAAACGAAUCUAGAGAAGGAUUUGACUAGCAACGCGACUGCCAGUGUGGCACAAAAUGAAAAAAGUCAACAGGGCAAAAGAGACAGAGCAGCGAAAACGAAGGAGACCGCGGUUGACAAUCCGGAUAUGAAAGGCAAAACCGACCACGGCAGACAAACGAGAGGAUCGUUGAGCGAUGCCAAGGGCGAAUCUUCCUUGGAAAUCGCAAGCGAUAGCUCUCGAAAGGGCAAAUCCUCGCUGGGAAAACGUCGCAGUCGCAACAGAUCGAUUGACGAAGAUGAAGAGACUAACUUGUGCGCGUCCGAAGAACACAGUAGCAGCGAAAAUCCCUCGUCAAGCGGAAAGGAAGCUGAGAAGGAGGAAGUCAGUGAUAAAGACCGUAAGAAGGAAACUGAAGGCAAGGGCGAUAAAAAUUCCGACGAUCGCUUAGAUUCGACAGCGGUGAAUAUCAAUUUGAGUCACUUGCAGUCGGAGACGAGCAAUCUGUCCAUCGACAGCGGCAAAGAAAACUCUUUGGAAACGUCUGUGAACGUCACGAGCAAGCUGAAGGUAGGGAGACCCAAGAAGACGAGGGGCGCGGGCCGCGAGAAGUCGUCAAGGAAGAGAUCCUUGAACAACGUCAUCGGUAUUCUGACGGAGGGCAUGAAUAUCCCCGUGGAGGCGCAGCAGAACGUGCAGGUGCUCACGGUUCAGACUAGUUUGGACAAUCCGGAUAGGAUAGCGCGGAACGGAAGCACGCAACAACCGAGCAGCGGCGAGGGCAACGUGAUCGCGGUAGACUCAGCUUUCAGCGAGCUUGCGGUCCUCACCAAGAACGGAGAAGAAUCGGCGGAGAAUAAAGCCGUUACGGCGACGAGCACGACCGAUAACUCUCCCGCGGACGGUGACAAGAAUACUACUUGUCCUGAUGAAGCGCAAGUCGAGAAUGCCUUCGCCGACGGAAAGGUACCGUCAAAAGUUGCAAUUACUAAGGCGUGUUCGCCAGCCAACGAUAUCAUCCUCGAUUUAUCCAGAAGAAAACCCAAGGGCAAAGGCUCUUUCUUAGAGAAAAUUGUGUCGAAAAUAGCCAAGCAGAAGGACGCUCUGCUAGAAGGUGAGGUGGGUUCCUUGCUUGACACCGCGGCCGAUGAGUUAACUAGCAUCCUCGACGAGGUCGGGCCCACCUUGACUGAUAAUGUAGAGAGCGCGAAUUCCGACGAGGCAAGCCACGCUUCGAAGAGAGACAACGAUAAAAGUGUGACAGUUACAUCCGCAGACAAGGAACUGCCGGCGAUUGUCGAUCCUGAAAUUCGAGCGUUGGAAAACGAUAAAACCAAUGUUGAGAGCAUGAUUUCUAAACGUCCAAUGGACUCUUUGGAGAUUUCAAACAAACUCGAGGGAAGCUUGGCAACAAAGAUUGAAGCUCAAAGCGAAAAUCAAACUAAGACAGAUAAUAUUUUAAAUGUUGAGAUGAAGGACGAGGAUGACGUGGAUAAAAAGGUGAGUGAUGCAAUGCGCUCCGUUGAGAAAUCGCAUGUCGAAUCGUGCGAGAAUAAAUCGAUAACGAAUAAAGAAACAAUUACUCCGAUAAAAAUUCCAGACGAGAGUCCUGCAUCAUUGACUGAUAAUUCAAUUUCACGUUUGUCAAUGCAAAAAGAAAAUUUAGAAAAACUUGAAAGAAAGAAAGGUGUCACGAAAUCCAAGAGAAAAUCCAAUAAAAGAUCGCUGAACGAUGCAAGAUUCUCUAAGAAAAAUAAAAAAAGAUCACUUGAAAUCGUCGAAGAUCGCACUGAAGAAGAUAAUAGACAGAAAAAAUGCCGGUCUAACGACACGUUGAAGUCCGAUGUUGGAAAUGAGUUUUCAGAGAAAGAUGGUAGCAUCAUGGAUACUACAAACGCAGAUAUCGAAGUUGAAAAGUCGCAACCGCUUCAAUCCAGCGAAAGUGAAAUUAUCAAGGACGAUUUGAAGUUGUCAAGUUUAGAAAAGAAUCUCAUGAAAGGUAACGACGAAUCGAGUCUAGAAAAAUUUACCGAUCUUCCAGAAGCGGCUUGUGAAAAUACGAAAUUAUUGACGAACUUAGAAAAAACCCUGGACAAAGUAAUUUCCGAAGAAAAUGCUGUUACCAAUGUUCGGUCGACAAAAUCAAUCGAGAAAAGCGCUGAAUGUAGAAAAUCUGCGGAUAAGAUUCAGAAAAAGAAUCAAAUCGAUACGAACGAGUCUUCAACUAGGCGUAUGUCGAAGAGAAAAUCGCAGUCUGUCUUGUCUAUAACUUCCUCGAUAGAUGCUACCACAAAUAUCAUUCAAACUGCAGUAGAAUCGAUGAACGAUACAGAGAAGAUACCAUCCUCAUUAUCCACCACGAAAGAAUCUUUGGAUUCAACUGAUGUGCAACCGAUAAUAAUUGGGACUACUAGUGACUCAGACGUUCCUUUAGAAAAAUCGGAAGUAACGUCUGGGAAACAUAAAGAGACACAAAAUACAGAUGAUUCAAAUCUCGUUAAUCCAACGCCCUCAAAAACAACGAAAAAACGUGGUGCGAAAAAGAAGUCACUGGCCGAGGAGCAUUUGGAACUACCGGAAGACGAACCUGCCAAAGUUGUUUCGAAACUUGACGAUGAAUCUAACAUUGUAGACUCUAGCAAACGAUUAUCCGUUAGCUUAGAACCCUUCAAAAUACCGGAAGUGAAAGAUCUGGUGCAGAGCGCGAAGAAACGGGGCCCGAAGAAAAAGUCACAGUCCGAGGACGGCGGACGCUGGAACGGCGGAAGCGUUCCGGAAGAAUCUCGGACGAACGAGGAACCCGCGGAGACCAGCGAGAUACCCAGCUCGAUCGAGGAGAAAGUCGAGGAGCAAAAAGAAUCAGAGAAAUCUGUUAUCGAGGAAGAAUCGAACGCGAAGAGGCUUGAAAGAUCGAAUUCUUCAGGUUCGAUCGGGCUCACUCUAUCUUCAACCAAGACGAGAUCUAUGUUAAAGAAGAAGACACAACUGUCGAGCGGGGACCUUGAAGAGUCUAACAUUCGAAAUCAGAGUGCCGAGAGCACGGACGAUCUGUCCGAGAGCUCGUGCGUCAGCGAGUCCAGCUACUUUAGAAAGAAACGAUUCGCGAAGAAGAAGAAGAGGAAAGAGGAAACGGUAGUUGAUGAUGGCGCCGACGCCUCUCUCACGGAUUCGACAGCUCCGAAGGGCGAUAAGCAAAAUCUGAAAAGGAAAGAAAGCCCGAACAAGAGCAAAUCGUUGCUCGAAGAACACCUUGAUCUCUCCGACGCGGAUGACAUCGAAAUUCCGAUGGACAUUCAAGCUUCGUUAGAAAAUACGGAAGCCUUGGAGAACAUUGAACGAGAGCUCGAACUCACCGAAAAAUCGUCGAAUCUACAAAACGAGGACAAGCCAACGGACGAUACAGAGAACAAAGAUUCGGACGCCACUUUAGAACGACCGGCGUCGAAUAAUCAUGAUUCUUCGGAUAAUACGGUCACUCCGAAGAAACGCGCGGCUGGCAAUUUUGUGGUGGUGCACACAAAGACCGGUGAGAUCCUGAUCGUGGAGAAGAGGAAGAAACUAACGAAGGAGGCGGCGAGGUUCUUCUGCGACGUGUGCGCUACCAGCUUCACUCGCAAGAGCUCUCUGAAAAAGCACACGUUGUCACAGUCGCAUUUAUCGCAGUUGACAAAAUCCACCAAGGACAAAGUCGAGUCUGUUAACAGCAAUACGUUCGAGAAUGCAGAAGAGGAUGAUGACGAAUGGAAGAGUAAUCACGAGAACGAUCAACAGACGAAAAUUGAAGACGCUCAAUCUCAUGAAAUCGAUCGAAAGUCUUUAGAACCGAACGAGAGCUACGUUCCUUUCGCAACUAGCGCGGAAUUGACGAAAUCUCUCGUGGAUCUCAGUACCACGAGACAAACGUUGGAGGAUAAACUGCUGGACGAAGAGAUUUGCAAGAUUACCGAAAACAUGAGCCACGACGAGUACGUUUUGACUGAUCACGUGACGCCGGAGGAGCCGAUGCUGUCGUCGACGCCGAUCAAGCCCGUCCAAAAGAAGCAGGAGAAUUCAGGACGAGGCAAAAACGGCGAUAAGAAGCGGAACAAGUCGAAGAAGAGAAACCUGGCGGAAGAACAUUUGCUCUUGGACUCUCCUGAAUUGGAAAAAUCUAAAAUCGAUUCGGACGAGCUUCCAAAGCUAACUAACGAUGUUAUGCAAGUUUCCUCUCCAUCUUGCAAUCAUACUUCGAAAGAAAUAACGGAGACGGUAGAAAAGAUUGGAGAUGUUUCUAAAGAAUGUGCUGACAUGGAGAAUCAGGCAGAAUUAAUUGUUACAUCGUCGAACGAGGAAACCGAUUUGAAAUCAGCAUGCGACAUUGAUGCGAAGGCUGAACAGCAAACAGAAUCUACGAGAACUACCAGGAGAACGUUGAGAAAACUCUCCAGAAUGGAUAAUGAUGAAAAAGAAGAUACUUCAGCUUUAACUGAGACAAAUCGUUUCAGUCUGAGGCCCAGAAGAAGUAAAAAUAUUCAGCAUUACGAAGAGUCUGACGUCGAAGCUGAUAUAUACUUUAUGGACACCUCCAUGGAGAUUAACAGUGACGAGGUAGAAGAUAGCCGUGAUGUGCAAAAGAGACAGAACGAAGUGGAAGAAGAAACGAAUAAGAAUGACACACAGGAUAAGAUACACGACAACAGUCCCCAAGAUGCGGAAGUCGUGAAAUCGAAGAGCGACUCGAUGAACGACACUAAGAAAAGGAAACGUGGUAGACCGAGGACAAAAAAUCGAAUUGUUCCGAAUUCCAGUAUCGCUUCAGCUCACGCGAAACCCGAAGUUGACGGAAAUGAUGCUGUCGUUGCGAGCAAUCUUGACGAAUCAAAAAUCGAGGAUCAAAAAUUAGAUUCGCAUACAGAGCAUAUUGACGAGGCCGGCAAGCCGUCGCAUAUUGAUGAAAAUGAGCAGCCUCAAGUCAAAUGUCUGCCUCUCAAACGAAGUAGAGGCAGGCCUAGGAAAAAUCCUGUACCGAUUGCAAACAAUUCUUCAGUACAAGCAGAUAAUUCGCAGAGUACCUGCGAAUCGACGAAAUCAAAUUAUGAUAAAAUAAAAGAAAAGACGGACGUGAUUGAAUCGCCUCCUAAAACGAUUAUCGAAGAAAUUACAUCGAUCAGUUCUUUGAUACCCAACGCGGAGUCUGCCGUUCAAGAUCAUACGCCGGAAUCGAGUUUACCGGAAAUGAAAAAAGAUUUAUUAAAUGCUGAGGAAAUUCGAAGCACCGAGCUCAACGUUACCGAAGAUCGACCGGCGCAGAGAAUAGAAGCGACGGAUAUUAAGACAGACGACAUCGUAAAGAAUUGUGAGAAUACGCUUGCCUUUAACAUUCCAUCAGAGAAGGUCGAAAUGUCAGAAAUGCCAUCAGAAACAAACACAUAUGUUGACGAUGCAAAUUGUAUAGAGGAUAAACGUGAUGAUACGAGCGUGAAUGUUUUGACAGAUCUAACGACCGAAACUUCAGCCGAGCUUCCUUCACAAAAUACCGAACAAGUACCGAUCGAUGAUUUGAGAUCGGCUGAAUCAAAAGCAAUCGUCAACAAUGAGAGUUUUGAAGUUUCAAAAUUAAUAGAUGUCUCAGAGGAGAAACAAGCAAAGUCAAAAGAGGAACUGCCCGAAGAAGUUGUCGAAACAAAACUUUCGUCAGAUUCGGAAGGCGAGGACGAAGCGAGAACGUCAGUCACUGACGAUAAAUCUCUUCUCAUCGCAAGCUCUCACGAAUCUCAAAAAGUGAUAAGUGAUUUAGAGAAUGAUAGCAUUUGCGAUGAAAAGGCGACUCGAUUGGAAUCAUCUGGCAAGAAAUUAUCCAGAAAGUCGACGAGCAAAGAACGAGAAACUGAUUACAAAAAAUUGAAAACGUCCAAGGGCAAGAAGAAAAAGGUCAGAGUCGCAAAACUGUCAAGUGACAGCGAGAACGAGGAUGACAGGAUCGAGUCUGCUGCUUCGAGCAAGAGCAAGAUUGUCAAGAGCGUAUUCGGCCGAGUGUUCGGCGGCGAGAAGGCGGACAAGGUGAAGGAGGUGUUGAACGAUUGGGUGUCACGAUCAGAAGACGACUCGGACAUGUCCAGGGGUGCUUCGGAUGCGAGAGCCUGUCUACGCGGACCGACAAAGUUCGCCGAGAAUGGACACAAGAAGGAGAAGAAGUGCCAUUCUGGAAAGAAGGGAAACGACAAGUGCGACAGUGAGGUUCACGGCAAAGCGAAGAAUCGGAAGAAGCGAGAGAAGGACGUUGAAUCAGUGCCCGAGGAUAGUAUCGGGUCGCCCGUCAAUCCGGCCAAGCGAAGGCACCGAGAGAGCAAGAUCAGGACGGACGAGAAGACCCUGAGGACCUUCGACGACGAGUCGCCAGCUGUUUCGGACGAAGACAAUAAAAUUAGGGAAACGAGCGAUCAAAUUAAUAACGAGUAUCACGAGAAAGAAUCGACCAAGGAGCGAACGAAGGAUAAGAUUUUGACCUCCGAGAACUGGGAGAGUCUUCGAGUCGCUCACGAUGCUCAUGGAAAGUCGAAAAAUAGCUCCGGCCAUCGUAAAAAGCAGGAUGCUAACGAGCGUUCUUCGUCACCGUCGCAGUCCAGUGUAUUCAAGCAUAGGCGGAGGGAGAGCAAGACCAGAGCCAGCGAGAUGAUCCGAAGAGAGCUCUAUCUUCAGAUGUAUUCCGACAACGAGACUUCAUCGCGCCUUUCCAACGAUCAGGUCCUCGACGAGACGCACGGGAUUUCUAAGGAGCAGGAGAUCGAGUUCUACGAGCCGAAAGAUCUGAAUCGUUCGGAUAACACGAAGAGUGUCAAACAGAAGGAGGAAGACACCUGGGAGAACGCCAAUUCGAUAGAUCAGGAACAGAGUGGAGCGCAUGGUGGACGCGGAAGGUCCAGAAAGGACUCAAGCAGUCACAAGAGGCAGGAUUCCACCGUGAUUAAAAUAAGUAAGACAAAAACAAACAAAAGGAUUUUAAUGGAUUCCGAUAAUGAGCCAUCAAUUCCUUCGACGGAUCAGGAAACGAAGAACGAAAUGCAAAACGAUCAAACGAUACGAUCUGCAACCGAAUCGAGGACUCGAUCGAAAACUUUAAUCAACGAUAACGCUUACGAGUCCUUUAACUACGACUCAAUUGUUUCGAGGCACAUGAAUAAAGAUCAAGACAAUUUGCUAACACAUUUAGAUCGGUCAAGUUCCAGAAAGAACAAAAGAAAGAUCGUCAAUGAAGACUGGAAACGUUUAGCGAGAAAUCUAGAAUUCGAUCAGGAGGACGAUCAAGCGACCGAGAAGGAAAUUGAACGUAAGGACGAGGAGUCUGCGAUAUCGUCGCGUAGUUGCAGCAGUUUAGCGGCCGAAGGACCAAUAAUGAAGAAUCAAUUGGCCGAGCUCGACGGAAAUUCUCAGACGAAUCAAAAGUCCGAUGACAAUGAUAACGACGACGUCGAGGAGGAAGAGGAGGAGGAGGAGGAGGAUGACGACGACGACAACGAUUUCGAGCGAAGAAUGUCGCCGUUCUACGCUCGCGAAACUCCCGACAACUCGAUGGAAAGUAGCUCCAACGAGGAGGAGGAGGAGGAGGAGGAGGAAGAGGAAGAAGAGGGGGAGCGCGUAAUGCACGAGGAUAACUCCAGGAAGAUGAAUCCUACCGAAUUCUCCGGGGAGAAGAUCAUCAUCAGAUCGCCGUCGUUGGGCCACAGAUCGGAUGUGGUGACGAUCGCGCCGACAGACGCGAUCGAGGACAACGCUUUGGAUGUGCCGAGGGAGAGCGAGUCGGCGACGGAGCAGCGGCAAGGCAAGAUUCUUAACCGUGACCAGGUGCUCUUCGUGGAGUGUUGCUCGCGAUUGAAGACGAGCGAGAACGAGCUGAGAGGCGCGAAAAAGAUUAAGCUCGAUCACACGGAGUCGUAUCACAGGCGGGACGAUCAACCGCAGGAGUUCAGGAUCAAUAGAGACCGAUGGAGGGACGUGGAGAGCCAAAAUAGUCUCGGUAGUCUUUUGGAGUCGGUGAAUCAAUUGCUUGGUGAGGAGACAGCCAUGUACAACAGCCACGACAGAAGCUAUCGGACGCGCGGUAGCGAACGAUCGAGCAGAUCUGCCAGUCCGGAUACAUCGCGAGUCGACAAUCUCGGUUACGAGGACAGUUUGGACGUAGCUUUCGAGCACAAUAACAAACUACGGGACAAGAUCCAGCAGCGCAUGAGAGAGAGCGAGAAUCUGAUAGCCAGCACACAGACGAUCUUCGGCCAGAAGAUCAACGAUAACGAUCAUCCCGACGAUGACAAGCGUGACAGCGUUGGGAACUCGUACUCCUCGAGUAUACACGAACACGAGCAGCUGUCUACGUCGGUCGCGUCGAAUAGGGAGCAGGAGUCCUCGCCGGGUCACAAGAACAAGAUGAACUCAACUCUACACAAAGCAUUAUCCAACUUGUUGCACAGCAACGGCAAGAAUGAUCAUAAUUCCACUCCGAUGAAGCUGUUGGCGGAAUUGGCCUGCGCCCGAGCUCCGACCUCCACAUUGCCGGAGGACACCACGAAUAGCGGCAGGAAUCAUCAAUCGGUGAGGAUGGUCGCGGCGGCGGUUACGGCGGCAGCUGCAGCGGCGGCUGCGGUGACGGACAAGGACACCUCGAUUUCCCCUAAGAGGCCGACGAAGGACUCGGCGGUGACGCCGAAGCAUUCGCCGAAGAAGACGAGGAAUCCCAUCAAGGAGCUGUUCGAGCGCAAGAAGGAGAUGAACGACAGAAAGCAGCAGGAACGCUCGAAGGCCGCGCUCGUUGAACUGAACGUGCAGAAGCAACGCAAGUCGAAGAAGAGUAAGAAGCAGCAACAGCAGGAGUUCCCGCUGAUUCGCAGAAGCGAGCUCUACGGCGGCCUGGUGGAAAAGAAGAAACGCCGCGGGUCUCUCGAUCGGAAAGGGGACUCGGAGAGGAUAAAGGAUGUGUACGAAUUUGACGAGGAGGAGAGCCAAAUGGCGCCCACUCUGGGUAGCGUGUUGUCCUACAGGAGCCAAGUCGACAACAAGAGUUACGAGACCAACUUGUCGAAGGCGAAGAAUAUUGACGGGGACUCGGAUGCCGUCCUGGAGAACGGCAAGACAAAUUACAUCGCGGACAUCAAGUUGGACGCUAUGAUCAAUCGUAAAUUCCAGGAACUGGAGAAGUUCGCGCCAAAGACAAAGGGCGCCCUGAAGUCGUUCCAGAGCGAGGAACAGCAGCAGCAGCAGAUUGCCGAGUCGAUUACCGGACCGAUGGACGAGUUCGUGGAAAGAAAGCAGCAACGCAUAAAACGGCCCAUGGAGCAGGGCGUCAAGCAAUCCGGCAAGCUCAAGAAACGAGGUAAAGGCUCGAAGAAGCGAGGGAGAAACGCGUGGUAUGAGAACGACAGCUCGGACGAGUUCAGGACGGCCGCAAAGACGGAAGACGUCGGCGUGGGCAUUUCGAAGAGUCAACGCUCGUGCUCGAAGGGCAAGCAGAAUCUCUUCGCGGAGUUGUCGACAUCGUCCGAGAGCGAGUACGAGCGGGACGACGUCGAUUACGCGAUCGCGAACGAGGAACAUUCGUUGAAAUCGAGAAAGAGUUCGAAGAGACCGCUCGACGUCGACGAGGCGGAUGAUCGACGCGCGGUCAACGAAUCCGAAUUCGACAAUGACGAUCAGGUCGUAGACGAUUGGAAUCGAGUGGUGCCAGAAGACACUAUGAAAAACGAUCACGACGCCGCGAAAUCAGAAUCGGAAAUGUCGGAUCGUUCGCUGGUGAUAGACGAGAGGAAGAUGACCGACGAGGCGAGGAACAGCGAUGACGACGCGGACAAUCAAUACGAGAGGACGUUCGAGCUGGAAGACCUGUACAGGGAGGACAGCUCGGACGCGGAGACGGAGAUCGAGGAAAACGAGGAGCCGACGGCCGAGGAAGCGAAGGACAGGGUUGGAAAGCAAACGUCGGAUGAAAAUGCGGCUUUGCAGACGAAGCUCACCUCUACGAACGCGAAAGACGAUACAUCGGAGAUGAUUUCCUUGGAAGAGGCCUUGGAUCUUCUAGAUCGGCACGAGAAUCUCAAUUCGAAAGCUGAGAAGAACGAUAUCGUUAACGGCACUAUGGACGAAGCCUCUAACGAUGGAGCUGUUAAUGAGGAGACGGAGAACAAAUGUCUGAGCCCUACGGAGAUGCCGGAUGAGAAGGAGGAACCGGAUGACGAUGUUCCGGCUUUGCCCGAGAAACUGUCCAGCAACGAGAAACCGCAGAAAGAAUCCGACCACAAUCUUCCCCUUCACGUGUUUCUCAGCAGAAAGGUGCAAGAAUCGAAGAAGAGAAAGCAGCAGCAGCUGGAUAAAUUGCGAGAGGAGCAAGAGAGGAUACUCAUGGACUUCCAGCCGACAAGAAGACAAAGGAAGUGCGCGAUAGGCAAGCAAGGACUGCUAGCGGAAAUAAGCAGCUCGGACGAGGAAUCGUACAUAAGGGAUAACAGCAAGAAGAGUAACGAUCACGACAAAUCGCGUAAGAAGAAGGAGUCGAAGGAGAAGAGGAAGGAGAGAUAUAUGGAGAAGAAAAACGAUCAGAUGAUUGCCAGGGCGCAGAAGGCGAUUGAGGAGGAAAUUCUGCGAGAGGUCGGCAAGAGAAAAGAGGCGCAUGACGACGAUGCUGCAUUGGAUAGCGACACAACCGUGGAAACGGCCGUCUCCGGACAGAAUCAGAAGAAGAAACACCAGACGAAGGAGAAGCACAAGAGAAGUGACGACGAGAAUAUCGAGGAGAGCGCAGCGUACAUCGAUCAGUCUUAUCUCGACAGAUCGGAGGACAACAAAUCGGACCGUGCUGUCUCGAUUGCGGAAAGUAACGAGGAGAACGGCGGCGGCCACUCGCCAACUAAGAACGAAAAAGAAAAACGAAAGAGAUCCGUCUCGAAAUCGCCAGCGAAGUCGAAGAAAGUUUACAAAUCCGAGAACGGAAAGAUCCUGACGAGCAAGAGGAGCAGAGAGCCGACCGCGGAGAAAUCCAGAAAGACGUCCGCGGGCAGCAAGGAUUCCAAGGAGCGCAGAUCGUCCAGCGGGAAGCGCGACUCCGACGACGAGGAGCUGAAGACCACCAAGUCGUGGAACAAGGUCGAGGAAGGGGUCGGGGUCGCGAUCGGUCGACGCAAGCGCACCGCUGCCCUGCAGUUGUACUACUGGUCCAGUUCGAGCGACGAGGAGGAGGCGCCGGAGCCGAUCCCGGCGCCCGAGGAGGAGGAGGACGAUCGGCAGGAGCAGCACGGAUGGAUAGUGGGCGACUCGCACAAGCGGAUGAUCACGAUGCUGGCGAUGGAGAAGCAGCUGAAGGAGAAGCGACGCAGGAGCGAGGACGAGUUCGAGCCCGGCAAGGCGAAGAGCAAGAAGCAUCGGAACAGCACCUCUUGAUACGUGUUUCACGAUUAAAGCCCCGAUCUAAGCCCGCGCUCGACAGACGGCGAUACCGAUGAUUACAACGUCAUCCUGUUCCGAUAACGUAAAACUGUGAAGGCGAGAACUGUGGAGGCCGGAAGAAUCUCCACGUUUGUUCUUUAACGAGAAUUCAUUACGUUCUGUAUCUUCCACGAUGGAUUGGUGGUUACCCGUGGCAGAUCUGUCUAGGUAGAUAUAAGAAACAAGUGGACAAGUGCGAUCUACGAUCAGAAAAGUAUUUGUUGUGUUCGAUUUAUUUUUUUUUCCCCCUUUUUUCUUUUUUUCUUUUUGUUAGCGAGUGGACGUGAUUCAGGCGUGAAGAAAGAAGAAAUAAGAGAUAUAAAAUGUACAUAGUUGCUUGGCGUUUAGAAAUUAGAGAUUAGACGAGAGUAUCCUCCCCCCCCCCGUUGCAAUCUAAGAAUAUACAUAUAUAAAUAUAAAUUGAACUCUUAUAAAUACCGAAAGACAUAGACUGAACGUGAGGAAGUAGCGGAAAGUGAAAGAGAGCACUCUUAGACAAUACUAGGACGUUUGUAACGUUUAGUUGUACGUAGGGGAGUCUCCCGCGAGCAUGUGAAACGGGUGAGGUGAAACAAAAAUU